AUAAUGAAUCUGACGAGUGUUGUCUUUCUGAGCCUGGUUGCUUUUGGAGCGAUCUUGUUGCCCUCCCUUCCUUGGUUUUACAGCCUGUUGGCAGGGCUGGGAGUCUUCAUGGUCUGGACGGGAUCCUGGAUGAAUAUUAUUAUUGUUCUGCUCACCAUCAAGAGAGACUUGACACUUCUGGCUAUUAUUGUGCGAUUGAGGCUCUCCAUGUAUCGUAAUGUGCGAAAUAGGAGCACAAUCCCUGCCUUGUUUGCCGAAACUGUGAAGAUGCAUCCUGAUAAACCUGCUUUUAUCUAUGAGGCUACAGGGGAGGUUUGGACUUUUAGGGGUCUGCAGGAGCGGUGCCAUGCUGUGGCCCACUGGGCUCUGGCACAAGGUUGGGCCGAGGGGGAUGUCGUUGCUUUGUAUAUGGAAAACCAGCCUUUAGUAGUGGCUUUGUGGUUGGGACUGGCUAUGAUAGGAGUAGAGGCUGCGCUCAUUAACCACAACCUCCGACAACAAUCUCUGCUGCACUGCAUCAGUUCCUGUCGAGCUCAUACCAUGGUUUUUGGAGCUGAAAUGACUAAAGCGGUGUCAGAAGUGGCUGGCUCCCUGCAGCCCGGCACUGUUUUGUUCAGAGCCGGCGAGGAGCAGGAGGAGAAGCACUACAGGCUUUUCUACAUUUACACCUCUGGCACAACGGGAAUGCCAAAGGCAGCUGUCAUAGUUCACAGCCGGUACUUCCGCAUCGCCACCUCUGUUUUCCACGCUUUUGGUGUGCGGCGUGAUGACAUUGUCUACACCUGCCUUCCCCUCUAUCAUUCUGCUGGCGCCAUCAUGGGUGUGGGACAGUGUUUGCUCUUUGGUGCCACCGUUGUAAUCAGGAGGAAGUUCUCAGCCACACGUUUUUGGGACGACUGCGUUAAACACAAAUGCACAGUGAUCCAGUACAUCGGUGAGAUCUGCCGUUUUCUUUUGGCCCAGCCUGUUGGCUCAUCUGAGACGCAUCACCAGGUCCGAGUUGCUAUCGGCAAUGGCCUCCGUCCCGCUGUGUGGGAGGAGUUUGUCCAGCGAUUCAGAAUAAAAAAAGUUGGCGAAUUUUAUGGCGCAACUGAAUGCAACUGCAGCCUCAUCAACAUUGAUGGGAAAGUGGGAUCUUGUGGCUUUAGUUGUCGUAUCAUGUCCAGCUUUUACCCCAUCAGACUUGUCAAGGUAAAGGAGGAUCACAAAGAGCUGCUCAGGGAUUCCCAGGGACUCUGCAUACCCUGUCUGCCUGGGGAGCCAGGAAUGUUAGUGGGAUGUAUCAACGACUCCGAUCCUCUCCGGAGAUUUGAUGGUUAUGCUGAUAAGGACUCAACUAAUGAGAAAAUAGCUCACAAUGUGUUUAAGAUGGGAGACUCUGCCUACAUUUCAGGCGAUCUGCUGGUGAUGGAUGAAUAUGGCUACAUGUAUUUCAAGGACCGCAGCGGUGACACGUUUCGUUGGCGAGGGGAGAACGUUUCCACCACAGAGGUGGAGGGAGUCCUCAGUCGCUUGUUGGGACACAGUGAUGUAGCCGUCUAUGGCGUGUCAGUACCAGGUGUAGAGGGAAAGGCUGGCAUGGCAGCCAUAGCUCACACAGGAUGGAAUUUUGACCUCGAUGCGUUCUGGAUGGCUGUACAAAGCGCCCUCCCCUCCUAUGCACGACCCGUCUUCCUGCGACUCCUGCCGUCUGUUGACAUGACAGGCACUUUUAAAAUUUCAAAAAUGCGUCUGCAGAGGGAAGGAUACAAGCCACAACACACGGUGGAAAAGAUCUACUUUCUCAACUCUCACUCAGGGCGUUACGAGGCUGUUACUGAUGAACUAUGUGACGCCAUCAAGCAGGGCAGAGUAUCACUAUGA